AUGUCUACCCGUCCAACUCCUGAACUCGAUCGGCUCCAUGCCCUUCUCCUCUCUCAUCAUAAGCCUCUCUUCGUCUCCAUUGACUUUGAGGGCCAUCAGUUCAUCUGUAAAGGAUUCAAGCCUUCUAUCAACACUCAAGUGGGUUUGUCCAUCCUGGACACAAACAAGCUCUCUCAGCCCCUGCCUAAAGGAGGUCUAGCAAUUGACACCUUCCAUUACGUAACGGGAGAGCGUGCAUACUUCGAGAAAGUUGAACGUACCACAAACUGGGGCAAAUCUCAGCACAUAUAUCACUCCGAAAUGGGCAACAAAAUCAAACAAUUUCUCCCUCGGGACCGCAAAAUCGUCCUGGUCGGACACGGAAUCUCCGGUGACAUUGCGGCUCUCAGAAAACUGAGUAAGUUCUCCAUAUUUUUGAGAUACAAUAUGUUCCAUAUUGGCCCAAAGACUAACCAUCAAACAGGAAUCAAUCUGGGUCCCACAGCAAUUAUGGGUACUCUUGACACUUGCACCAUCUUCCGAGAGUUGACUGGCCGCAUUACAAAGCUCAAAGACAUCCUUGUCGACGUCGGAUGUAUCUUUUCGCGACUCCACAAUGCCUCCAACGAUGCCAAUUUCACACUCCGUGCUCUCCUCCUCCUGGCCAUCAACAAUCCCGGAAAGAGCAGCCUCCAAGAUUGGCAAGCAGAUGCUUUCAGAGCAAUCUCAACGGAGCCCCUUCCAGAAAAAGCUAUGGGUCGCUUCAGAAACUUGGAGCGAAGGGACCAAAAACUACUCAAGGUCACUGAGCUCAACUUCCCUGGGCUUCCCACUUCAAAACCAGUCGUUCCGCAUACUCAUUGUAUCCCGAACGCAACUUCCAACAUCUCCUAUGCUUCUCGUGUUGCAAUUGCCGCAUAA